AUAAGGUUUUUAAUAUAUAGGUAUAUAAGUUAGCUUAAAGUUCUCAGUUUAUAUUUUGUAUACAGAAGUUUGAAGAUAUGGAUCUUUUGUUAUACGUGAAUUCGGGCGGUAAGGUAAGUGUGAUACUGUUGCUGCUGAUUCUGCUCUGGACCACGCUGGACAUGACCAAGGCUGAGCUGAACACAACCAAAGUGCCAGGCAACCAUCAGCUCUCCAUGCAAAUCCUUGACAAUAAUACAUAUGCCGAUCAGGCGCCAGUCGAUUAUUAUGUGUCCCUGCGCCAGCGCCACAAGGAAACCUUUCGCUAUGGGUCCGGCCAUGUGUGCGGUGGUGCGCUCAUUAGCCCCAAUGUGGUGGCAACCGCAGCGCAUUGCUUUGUAGACCAGACCAGGUACGAUGGCAGCUUUCUGCCCAUAUCGCGGUUCCUGGUGGUGCUGGGAAGCCAGCCUCGCUUUGUUCGCGACGAGCAGGCGUUAUCCUUUUCGCUGGAGUGGCUGCUAAUGAACCUGACCAAGUUUGAUACGAGCACCUACGACAAGGACAUCGCAUUGAUCAUACUGAACGCCACAGUGCCGUACAUCAUGCAGCCCAUCCAGUUCAGCGAGACAGCCGCUCAGCCGGAAGCCACGUGCCACAUCAGAGGCUGGAACAAUAGUCAAAUGGAGUACUACUUGGGCGAGAUGAUUAGGCUGAAUGUGACGCUCAUCGAUGAGAGAGCUUGCAAGGGUGCCUCCAAUCUUAUUGAGAAGUUCCUGCGCCCUGGCAUGCUGUGUGCCAGCAAUGCGAACAAGGAUCAGCUGGAUGGAUGCACCGUCGAUGCGGGUGAGCCGCUCCUCUGCGACGGCAAGCUGGUCGGCAUCAGCUCGUGGGGCAUUAGGUGCGGCAUGCCCCAAAUUCCCGGUGUCUAUGCCAAUGUGACACACUACAGGCAUUGGAUAGACAAUACCAUUGCGAGCUAUCAAUUGAAAGAUCCCCAAAAUCCAAAGUAUGGCCAUAGCGAACUCAUGCGCUCGGACGAGUUCGAGGAUGUUGCCAGAUCAUCUGGCACCAAGUUCGAACGACUAUACAGGACAAUACUCUACCUAGGUAUUAUGCUGAGUCUAUGCUAUUUCUAGAGCGAAUCAGAAGCACACACACACACACACACAUACACGAUCAUUUAUACGGAGACAACCCAUGAAUCAUAGCAUACUUUUAGGACGCGUUGGAAUAACCCAUUUUGGAGUAAUGGAUCAUUGAUAAGAUGAAACACUUUAUAUGACCAAAAACACAACGUAAAUUAAAUGUACUUCAAAUCGAAAACCCGAAAA